CUCCCUCCCUCUUUCCCACCCCGGCGCGCGCUCGCCCUUGCCCUAAACGCAGGGGCGGUGAAACCUCUCUCUCCAGCGACUGCGGCGUUUCUUCGGCGAACGACGGCAGCGGCGGCGUUUUCCUCUCCAUCGGCGAACGGCGGCAGGCUCUCCCUUACCGGUGAAAGAUUCUGUGGUUUGACUAUAAGGUGGUGGGUCACAAAAAUUCAGUGAGCCUCAUGGGUUCCCGCAUGGUCAAACCAGAAGAUGUACUCGAAUCGUUAAUGAAUGAUGGGACAAUUGAUGCCAUUAGACUGAAGAUUAUUAACCAGUUAAAGGCCAAUGAAGAGCUUAAGAAUAACACAAUCACGAUGGUUGAGCAAAGUAAGGUCCUUAAUACUCCUGGUGCAGAGAAACAGACAAAGAGAGAGUUGUUUGAUGCACUGCGGCGAGAACUAGAAACUCCGGUGCUUGAGAAGGCAUCUAGAGCUGUUUGGGAGCUAAUUGUUGACAAUAAUGGCUUGGGGAAGGAGAUCAGCGAAACCGUUGAAAGAGUAUAUUGCCGGUUAAAUGGUCGUGAGCUGCCACCACCAGUUGAGCCUUCUACAAGUGAUACUCAAGUGCCAGAGAAGGAAAAAGAAACUAUAGAGAAAAAGGGGGAGAAGGUCAAGGAGACAGAGAUGUUGGAAUCGUUGACAAGGAAAAGAACCUUCAGUGAGAUGAAUGUGCAAGAAGGAACGGAACUAGUUUCUAAUGGCACAUCCGACGACCCUCCAGUUCCUUCAGAUGAUGCUGUACUACCACAUACCAAUUCACUGGCAUGACAAGAUUCCAUUGUUGUUAUUGUCCUUGGAUCUGAGGAUUGUAGAAUAUUCAGGUAAACAUAGUUAUUUUAAGCUCUGGUGUAAGUUGCACAGAAUAGCCUUUCUCAAUUUGUGUCUAAGAACUAGUCUUUGAGAUGUAUGAUUUACUUUUGAACAUAGACUAUGGGACCUCAUAAUGGCUUUUAGUA